CUUGAUUGUGUCAUAAGCUACCGAGUAGAUCGUAUUACAAGAGGCCUUCUUUAUAGCCAGGCCUGCUCUUUUUUUAGAAACUUCGCUUAGUUGCAAAAUUCACAUGGAGCACUUGUGUUUGUUGCCGCUUUGUGAUGUGUGGCCCUGAAUUAGCACAAAGAAACGAUAUUUAUAUUCAGUAUUCUUAUAUUUUCGAAUGUGGUUCAGGCCUUCAAUAUUAUACCCUACGUAAUAACUGAAAGUUUAAUCUUUUCAGUGUGCAUAAUCUUCGAUUAUACUAGUCUAGGAGCAUUUUAUACCUCCUGCAUGUCAAACAUUUCAGGACCCGAUUGUACUGAUGUAAUAGCGAAAUACUUAGCCAUAGGAAUAAUCGGCGGUUUUGCAGGCUUCGCAGCUGACUCGGGUUAUAACUUUUUGGACGUUGCAGACAUUGUGAAACAUUCGACUAAAAGAAAUGAUAAUGCCGAUCCGAAAGACAUUAAUGCAGUCGAGGAUUCUGACAAAAGACGGACAGACUCGAGUGAAAUUAUUAUCGACUAUUCUGACAUUCAAGAACUCAUUAAUCAUCUAAAACUUGAAUGUCCAUGUAAGCCGCGUAGCAUUGAUAGUUCUUAUACUGAACUUUAAAAGAAUAAAUAUUGCUCUCUAAUGUUAACUCUAAGUCAUUGCAAGACCAUUACUGGAAAAGUCGGCUUCUUCAAUACAACUAAGUAGAGUAGCAAUUUUUACCCACAUUCCUAUUUAUUAGCCAUUCAUUCAUAACAACUACGGUCGAAAAGUGCUUAAAAACCGUAAAGUUUCACCAACUCCUAUUGCGCAACACAUUCGUAACUGUUUACCGUUGCGAGAAACCACGGCAUUGAUGAAUUAAAAACAAAACACUUCGCGCAAUGUUUCCUGUCUUGUACUCAAAGACAAAUAUAAACUCAGUCAUUACAGACAGACAGUUGCAUUGGAACUAGUAUUGAUAAAAGAAAAUCAGCUAAUUAAUACUAUUAUGUAAUCUGUGAGCGGAACGGCUCCGAAGCUAGCAUUCAAUUAAUAGUAAUGUAACAAAGCUUUAGUAACUACGAGAAGGGGCUAUACCAAAACUGUUUAUAUCUUGAAGUAGAUAUUGGCAAUUGACAACUAUGUC